GUGACUACCACACCAUCAAAACUUUGUGCUCAAGCCUUUCCAUAAUAAAAGUUUCUAGUUCAAAGGGCAAAUAGCCUAGUUAGGCUAGUUAGCGUUAGCUUAGCCGUUAGCGUAUUAACUGUCGGAGUCUAAAUUUCAAGAAGACCAUUUUUUCUCUAAAGGACGACUGCCUGUGUGCUGUUGUGGUUUACAAGCGGUAACGGGACAGGACUUGUUAUGUUACAUAAAAUAUUUAAUUCAAGUUAAACUUUAAGGCUAACCGGGUUAGUUGUGUUAGCCAAGCCAUGCGCCUCCAGCAUGCAGACGUGACGUUAGCUCAGUGUUGAGGCUUCAUGUGACUUUUUGAGUUUUCUUACUUAAAUCGUGACUCGAGAUUUUUAAAAAUAUUUCUCAGUAAAUUUGGUGACGCGGGUGGGAUAAACGUGGUGGUUGGUUUGCUAACUAGUCUGUGAAAAACUAACUGGGUUAGUUAUUAAUAACUUUAGCAGAAACAUGGCUGGACCAGAGCUGCUCUUGGACUCCAGUAUCCGUUUAUGGGUAGUUUUGCCCAUAGUUUUUAUCACGUUUUUUGUUGGAGUUUUGCGUCAUUAUGUCACCCAACUUUUACAGAGUGACAAAAAAGUGGACCUGGAACAAGUGUCUGACAGCCAGGUGUUAAUACGUAGCCGUAUUCUGAGAGAGAAUGGAAAGUACCUCCCUAAGCAGUCGUUCUCCAUGCGAAAACAUUACUUUAACAAUGCUGAAACUGGCUUCUUCAAGAAGGUCAAGAGGAAAGUGGUUCCCAAAAACCCAAUGACUGACCCUAGCAUGAUGACCGACAUGAUGAAAGGAAACCUCACCAAUGUGCUGCCAAUGAUUCUAAUAGGUGGAUGGAUCAAUUGGGCUUUCUCUGGGUUUGUCACUACUAAGGUUCCCUUUCCACUGACCCUGAGGUUUAAACCUAUGCUGCAGAGAGGAAUUGAACUGGUGUCACUGGAUGCGUCUUGGGUAAGUUCAGCCUCUUGGUACUUCCUGAAUGUCUUUGGGCUACGGAGCAUGUACUCUCUCAUACUUGGACAGGACAAUGCUGCGGACCAGUCAAGAAUUAUGCAAGAUCAAAUGACUGGAGCUGCUAUGGCUAUGCCGCCUGACCCCAACAAGGCCUUCAAGAGUGAAUGGGAGGCUCUGGAGAUUGUUGAGCACAAGUGGGCUCUGGAGAACGUCGAGGAGGAACUGAUGUCCCGAGACCUGAACUUUCAAGACCUCUUCAGCCAAGACUACAAACGGAAUGUGUUGUGAUGGUAGCAAUAACACAAUGUUUAAAGUAUAAUCUGAUGGUAGUUUCUGCACUGUUACAAACAUAAACCCCCAGAAUAAUUUUCAUCCUUUAUUUUUCUUUCUUCUUUUUGAAAUAGCAGAUCAUUUGACUUCUCCAGAUCUAAUUAUUAGUGUGGCUGAAAUGAUUUAAGAGGUAUUUUGAUGUCUGAGAGAAGGUAUUGAAAAUGGCAGAUGUACAGACUUCAAGAGCUGCUGCCACCCAGUGAUUAAUUUAAUGAGUGCUUGUGUAAAUGUAAACAGUACAGUAGAGAACUGAGAGGGACUGGAAUAAAUUAGUAUUUUUGUUCUUGUUUCUUUGUUCUCUUCAUCUCAACUUGAAGCUGCCGUUAUUUUUUUGGUACACCAAAUAUUUUUUAGUUCAUGCGCAGAGUAUUAUACUUCAUCUUCAGUAUUGCCUUAACUGGGUGUCUGAGUUUUGAAGGCAGGAUUUAAUUUAGCUGUGUUGUUUGUUUUGUGUGUAACAGCUGAUAUUCUGUUGCUUAUACCACUCAUGCCUUCUUCUCUUGAGGUCUUCCUUUAAAGGAGAAUUCCACAGUUUUUCGAAAUUCCCUUAUAAGUUAAGAUGCAAGCUAUUCAGAGUGGAUUGUUGUGAAACACUCCCUUCCAGAGAAACGUCAGAACUGUUCACAGUGGUAGUGAUAGGAACCAGACAUCUGAAGAGUGUUAUUACCUCUAAAAGCUUCCUCACAGAAAGUUCCAGCAUCAAAUAGUUAUGAACAUGCUGCCUGAUCUCAUAGAUGAUGUUUUAUGAUAGACCAAAAUCUUCCAUCUCAGAACUAAUAUAUAUAUUUUUUUAGAUUUGCCACUAUAUUACAAUUCAUAACAUUUUAUAUAGGAACUCAAGACACUUGUAGGUUUGCUGUUGCUUUUGGAUAGUAAAUAAAAUAUUUAUACUCCAUAUUUGCAUUGUAGAAACACAUCCUGGUUCCUAUCACUACCACUGUAGUCUGUAAGUUUCUCCACAAUAAAUCAUUUCACAUCAAACUUCUCUGAAUGACUUUUACAUCUCAACAACUGAACUAUGCAGAAUUUUUGAAAAAUCAGUGGACUUCCCCUUUUAACUGCUUUCUGUUUCUAUAAUGAGAAAUUGAAUGUAGCAAAUCUAUUCUAAUCACUGCCUAUGAGUCAGAAAUUUCACUGACAAUAAAAUAAUUUCAUAAGGAUUUGA